AAGAAAAAAGGAAUUACUUGGGCAGGGAGUUGUAGCUUGAGGGAUUUGUCUAUAUUUAAACAAAGGCUCGCUUUGGUUUCAUUCCCAACCUUCUCUUUGUUCUUUGAAGAAAGAAAGAAAUACCCAUUCAUUCUCUUUUCUUUUCCAUAGAUAGAGAUAGAGAAACCAAGAACAAAGAGAGAAAAAGAUAUGGAAGAAACGAAGUCUAGGUUUAAGAGAAUUUGUGUGUUCUGUGGAAGCAGUACUGGCAAGAAAGCUAGCUAUCAAGAAGCUGCUGUUGAGUUGGGCAAGGAAUUGGUGGAAAGAAGGAUUGAUUUGGUCUAUGGAGGUGGGAGCGUGGGAUUGAUGGGUCUUGUUUCUCAGGCAGUUCAUGAUGGUGGGCGCCAUGUUCUAGGGGUUGUUCCAAGGACACUAAUGCCCAGAGAGAUAAUCGGUCAGACUGUUGGAGAAGUGAGAGCUGUCUCUGAUAUGCAUCAAAGAAAAGCUGAGAUGGCACGUCAAGCUGAUGCCUUCAUUGCCCUUCCUGGAGGUUAUGGAACCCUAGAAGAAUUACUGGAAGUCAUUACAUGGGCUCAGCUUGGUAUUCAUCGGAAACCUGUGGGGCUGUUGAAUGUGGAUGGAUUCUAUAAUUCAUUGUUGUGUUUCAUUGACAAGGCCGUGGAUGAAGGCUUUAUAUCCCCAACUGCACGUCGCAUUAUCGUUUCAGCACCAACUGCCAAGCAACUAGUCAGACAACUUGAGGAAUAUGUACCCGAAUACGAUGAAAUAACAUCAAAGCUGGUGUGGGAAGAAGUUGAUAUACUAAAUUAUGUGCCAGGAUCAGGGGUUGCUACAUUGUAGCAUUAGCAUGGAAGACUAAAUAUGAUGAUAUUUUUGAGGUUUAUUUUUUGGCCUACUCAGUAUAUAUAGAAACUACACGUACCAUCUGGAUCACAGCAUCUUUAAUUCAAAGGGGAUUUUUCUUUUUGGAAAUGGGCUAUAUAUAUAUACAUAUAUAAAAGCACAAAUGCAAAAUUUCUCUAGUCUAAAGUGUGUUUUCAGAUGUAUACAUGCGGAGAAAAGAAAAUGUCUCUUUUCCCCUUUUUGUCAAAAACUGACAAGGAAAAAGGCAACCAAUUCAAGCUCUGUUUAUGUGAUUUCUUUCUCUGUUCUUCUAAAGAAUUUAACAAAAGCAAGAAGCAAUAUGCCGUUUGUAAUUUUGUAUAGUCGAAAAGACCCAUUUCAGCAAAUAUGCCAUUUGAGCUUUGGUAUGGAAGCCGCUAGAAAUGAGAGCUGAAUACAGUAAUAUAUUAUUAUUUUUAUUUCUUU